AAAAAAUUUAAAUAAGAAAAAAAAAAAAUAAAAUCGCUGGUGAUAUUCAAAAAAAAGAAAAAUUACCAAAAAUUUUAAAAAAUUAAAUUUAGUGCGCCAGUAUUUAAAAGUAAAUUUAAUAAAUCAAAAUAUUUAAAUUUACAUUUUGUUCUUAAGUGAAAAACAAAUCUAAACGAAAAAAAAAAAAAAUCAAAAUGUGGUGCAUAGUAAAUCUACCCAAUGGAACCCAACAGGCUGUCAAAUGGGACCCCAAAGCUAUCGGACAGGAAUGCUUAGAGAAGGUUUGCAAGGCCCUCGGCAUAAUAUGUGAAAUGGAAUAUUUCGGACUGGAACACUGGCUGCCCAAUCAAAAGGAAACCCGACCCCGCCAAUGGAUCAAUCUACGCAAUCGCCUUACCCAAGAUGGCAGUUGCAGCAGUGGCAUACAACUAAUGCUAGCAUUACGUGUCAAAUUCUGGGUACCAGUGCAUUUUAUUCUACAAGAAAGUGUCCGCAAUCUCUUCUACAUGCAAGCCAAAGUAGAUCUUCUCGAAGGCCGACUUAAUGCCAAAGAUUGGAAUAACGCUGCUAAAUUGAGUGCACUAUUGUGCCAAGCCGAUAGUAUUCGAUUCAAUGAUAUGUCAUUGAAAUCCAAAUGCCCCCUACGCAUGAAACGGGAACAACAAGAACAACUUCUCAAACUUAUCCAACAACAACACAAGGAAAAGAAAGAGAAAGAUUAUGUAUUUACAUUGAAAAAACGUCGCCUUUCCAAACAAAAAUCCUGUGAAAAUAUUGACAAUCCACAUCAUUUGGUCAAUCAUCAUAGCCAUCCGCAUAUAGCCGUAGGUGUUCAUUCUUCUUCGAUAGCUUCAACUUCAUCAUCGUCAAGUCCCGCCAUUAGUACACCAAUACCAUCAUCAUCAUCUGCUGCGGCAGCAACAACAUCUGCAUCAUCAUCAUCAACAUUAGCUUCAUCAUCGUCGACAUCAUCGGCAGCCUCAACGACGACGGCAUCAUCAACAGUAUCAAACAAUUCAACCGAUGCAUUAAGUGUGGAGAAUUUAAUGGUAACAUCACCACUAAAAAUUUACGAGGACUAUAUUAUAAGGCCAGCAAAUGAUACCAACGGUGAGCUGCCCGAUGAGUUUCUUCGUCAAAUUGCUGUCGAACAUGAGAAACUAGCAAGGUUGAAUAUGCCACCGAAAUCAGCAAAGUACUGGUUGCUGCAGGAAAUACAAGAAUUACCCGGCUAUGGGGAGGAGAUCUUCAGUGGUGUAACCACAAAUGAGAAUCCAGUGCGUUGUGAUAUUGCGGUAGGUGCUCAUGGCAUCACGGUUUGCACUGGAGAUGAGAAAAACAACAUCCCAUUCAGUGCGAUUGCAGCAGCUAAAUCAUUUAGACGUACUUUCAAAUUAGAAUACGUUGACGAUCACAACGAUCGCAAAGAGCUCGAAAUCAAACUGCAAAAACAUGCAAUCGCUGCUGGUCUCUAUCGUUCGAUAACCGAACGCCAUGCAUUCUAUGUCUGUGAUAAAGUACGUGGUGUGGUAACCAAUCAAUUUACACGCGAUCUCAAAGGCACCAUUGCUUCGAUGUUCAAAGAAGACACAGAAUUAGGAAAACGUUAUGUUUUCGAUAUACAACGCACUUGCCGUGAAGUACACGAUCAGGCACGACGAAUUCUACACGAACGAGGUAUUGAAAUUACAGCAUCGGCAUCAACAAGUACGGCAGAUGAUAUUAGCCGAUUGCUGCCAAGUACGGUGAAAGAUGGUGCAAUUGUUGGUGGUAAAGUUGAUUUUGCCAUUAAGGAGAAGGAAGAACGUGAAGCAGCAAUCGAACGGUGUGUCGAUACAAGGAUCUCAGAAGCGAUGACAUGUAAAAUUUGCAUGGAUCGCUCAAUCAAUAGUAUGUUUAAUCCGUGUCGUCAUGUGAUGGCAUGUAGUCAGUGCGCAGCAAGAUUGACCAACUGCCCGAAUUGCCGAGUAAAAAUCACAAACGUUGUCAAAAUAUUCCUACCACCAGAGUUGCGCGCCAAUAUGCUAGCCAAUAGCACCACAACCGGCCCUGAUGGUACCGUUAUCAAUGCCAUUAACGAUGACACAAAUAAUGACGAUAGCGCUGCGCCAUCUGCAAGCAACUCACCCACCAAUAGUUCAGGCACAGCACCAAUUUCCACACCGAAAAUUACAGCGGCUGCCUAGAAUUGGCUUUGGUCUUGGCUAUUUCGAAUCUUAGAAUGGGUUUGUGUACCAGUUGUAUAAAAAAAAAAACAGAAGCAGAAACAAAAAAACAAACAAAAACCGUAUUUCUUUGAUUUCUUCGAAUUUGCCAUGAUUUAUAAUGUGCAUUCUCGUUUUGGUUUUAAAAAUUUUAUAUAUUCACCACACAGAGUGGUGUUUUAAGUUUGAAUAUUUUUUGAAAAUUUUGAAAUAAUAUUGUAAAAGCAGAAAAAAAAAGAAAAAGAAAUCGUAAGAGAACGAUGAAAAAUGUAAAAAAAAAAAAAACAAAAGAAAUCGAAGUAGAAUCGAAUGCGAUUUAUCGUUUAAUUUUUGCGCUUGAAGAUAACCGUGAUAUCAGAUGUGAUUUAUUAAUCUUAUUAUUAUUUUUUUUAUUAUUAUAAUUUAACUCUUGUUUAUGUUUUAUAGUUUUCUUUUUUUUUAGUUAAUUUAUAUAAAUUUUAUUAUUUUAUUCUUGAAUUAUUCAUUAAUUGAAGAAAGAAA